CAGAUGGACGCCAAGACCUCGCCGCUGGCGAUGCUGCAGAGGACGUGUUCUCAGAUCGGAGCCGACACGACAGCCGCCAAGCCGCUGAUCACGGCGGAGAAGAAGAGGGAGGAGAAGAAGGAGACGCCAUCCUCUCCAACGGCUCCUGCCGCAGAGAAGCCCACAUUCAAACCGUACGACCUGGAUCGGAAAGAGCCCGCUCCGGCGCCGGCGGCGACCGCGGCAGCAGCGGCCUCGACACAGCAACACCGGGGGGAGAAGUGCCAGAGCCCGUACUGCCCGUGCGCCUACAGCACGCCGCACGGCUACGGCGCGCCGUGCCCGGCCGGCUGUGCCCAGUGUGAGCACGCCAAGGCGCUAGGCGGCGCGCUGCACUCGCCAUACCUGGGCCUGGUCAACCCCUUCUAUCCGCCGACCAGCCUGGGGCUCGGGCUGUCGGCCGCCGCUGGCACGACCGCCGGCGCGCAGCCGAUCGUGUGUAGCUGGAUGGCCGACGGGCGCUAUUGCGGCAAGCGGUUCGCCAGCACGGAGGAACUGAUGCAGCACCUGCGCACGCAUACAAACCUAUCGGCCAGCGACUCGGCGCUAUCGCUGCUGCACCCGGCGUACCAGGCGUCGCUGCUGGGUGCCCACCGCUCGCCGUUCGCCGUGCCUCCGUCUUCGCUGUCGCCGCUGUCGGCGGCGCGGUACCACCCUUACGCCAAGCCGCCCUCUUCGCUGGCGCUGGGCGCGCCGCACCCCAGCGCGCUGGCCGCCUACUAUUCGCCGUACAGCGCACUUUACGCCCGGCCUCCGACCCUGCCCUGAGGGCUCCAGCCAAACUGACCGACGCCUGGCCGACGCUCGGUGUCGGCGGAGCGAGCGGGCGGCCGCCACGCGUUCUCAAAGGCUGACGCCCCGGAGAGCUGAUGUCCGAGGAGGACAGCCAGCUCGCCGGCCGGGCGCGGAGACGAGGACCAUCGCCAAGCCGGGGAGACGGCGAAAUCCGGUGUAGUGCCGCUGGGAGGAGGCGUGAUGCCCUCCGGCUGCCUCAGUCUCCGCCUGGGGGCGCGGGGAUCCGGAGCAGCCCGUGAUCUCCAGAGCUGGUGAUCCAGUGCGUCUCCGCAGACCGGUCAGCCCCGCCCCGGCUCGACCUGGUGACCCCGCCCCGGCUCGCCGGCGGUCCGCGGACAGGCUCCGGGUCCUCCCCGCGGACCGGGGAGCUGUGCGUGACCUCGGGGUCUGGGCGUGUCGGCUCAGGAGGCCCUGAGGCUAUGGGCAGGGCGGAGUGGCGACCACCGCUGGCUGCCCGGCUCAAGCUGUGCUGCAUGAGCAAGUCUGUGAUGCUGUAUAUACCAGAGGCGGCGUCCGAUUGUGAUAAGCCCGUUUUUAUUGUGAUACAGAUGUCUGCGUAGUGCUAAGCGUCGUCGUCAUGGUUACCAUUGCGCCGAGUCGUAUUUGUCCCGUCUGGAGCUGCGGUCGAACGCUCCCGUCGUCCCGUGUGACCCUCCCCUCCACUUUCGUUGGCGAAGCCCCCGGGGUGCGUAUUCAGAUCUACUUGUUACGUGCUGUCCUGAUUUUAUGGUCGCGUGUUCUCCGAUGGUCGGGCGGUGUCGCCUGCCUUACGGACCGCACGACGUGUCCCGGCCACUCGGGCGCCACCUGCCGCCGGCGGCCGGCCGCCUUGUGCAACUGUAAAUAUCACCCUAACUUAUUGCCGCUGAAUAAAUCAAAUCGUGAAAAUUGAA